UAUCAGGAACAUUCUUCCUCGUCCCGUAUUGGUCAGUGACCCUCAUUCACCUAGCAUCGUCUUCAUCCAGCAUGGCAACCACCGCGCACAACCUACCACCCGUCAACGGGGGCUCGGACCCGCUGGCAUCGUCAAAAUCAUCAAUACGAAAGCCGCACAUUUUCGAAACCAUCCAAGAACCCGUCGAGCUGCGCAAGGUGACGCAGGAUGCCAUCUACCUCAUGGGCGGGCAGUUUGCCAUCCUGUGCCAGUUCGCGCACCCCGCGCUGGCCGAGGGCUCGUACAAGCACUCCAACUUUGCCGGCCGGGUCAUGAACCGGCUGCAGACGACGGCGCGGUUCCUGGUGGCGGCGAUCCACGGCAGCCAGGAGGAGAAAGAAGCCAUCUUUGGCGUGAUCCACCGGCGGCACGCCAGCGUCAAGGGCGACGGCUACGACGCCGACGACCCGGAGCUGCACCGGUGGACGGCCGCGACGCUGUUCGUGUCGCUGGUCGUGGUGCACGAGACCUUCUUCGGCAAGGUGUCGCGCGGGCUGCAGGAGCGGUGGUUCCGCGAGGCCGGCGUGUACGGCACGUCGCUCCGCAUGCCGCCCGACAUGUGGCCCGCGACGCUGGACGCCUUCUGGCGCUACUGGCAGCACAACAUCGACACGCUGCACGUCACCGACUGGGCGCGCAGCCUGGCCGCCGACCUGCUCUGGCCCCGCGACAUGCCCCUGUGGCUGUGGCCGGUGCUGCCCGCCGGCCGCCUGUUCACCGCCCAGUGGCUGCCCGAGCGGCUGCAGCGCGAGUACCGCCUCACCCCGUCGCCGCUGGGCACCGCCUUGUACCACUUCACGGCGGGCUGUGCGGCCCUGGUCUACCCCUACGUGCCCAUGUGGGACAUGAAGAGGUCGGUCGAGAUGAUACAGAGGACGGGGCAUUGGCCGAGGUAG